CAGGUCCCCAAUAAGCAGUAAGUGUAGAACAGUUAGUAAAUCAAGGAUAAAUAGACCUAUAGGAGACAUACGAAUCAAUGAAGAACAAUAUACUAUGUCAAAGCAGAAAUAAAAUAGGCAUUUCUCUAAGGUGAUUUAAUAUGGAAAGUUUAGAUAUCAUGUGAAACUGAGGAAGUGACUAAAGUACGGCAAGAAUAGUCUACAAGAGGACAUGGCCAGCAAUGCAUAUACACAGUACUUAAAGAACGGAACUGAAUCAACUUACCUUAAAAUUAUUGACCGACAGUUCAAUCCCAGUAAAGAUUUUUUAUGAAUCUAGUGCCUGGACAUAAAGUGACAUAGAUACAUGUACAGUUCCAUUAUGGCUACCAAUAACACCUACCAUGUUACAUACCCUGUGGGGAUGUGGGAGACAAGCACGGUAGAUGACAUGGUCGAGCCCUUUACUUACAACCGUAGUGUAAAUUACGACUCAGACCAAGACCAACCAUUAAGCAAACGAUCAAACUAUAUUGAAUUCAAGAUUGGGGUUGGACUUAUCAAUUAUCUCCUGCCAGUUAUCAUAGUGUUUGGACUUAUAGGUAAUGUCUUGUCUUUGGUGAUAAUGUUACGUAGACGUAUGAGGACUAGCUCUGUAUGCCAUUACUUGGCCAUACUGGCUGUCACUGACAGUAUAGUGCUGGUCGUAAGUGCCUUAAAGACAUGGAUCAGAACGUGGUCAGGCUUCGAGCUACUGCAUGUGUCAAACUUUGCGUGCAAGUUUCUAAAAUUUCUAUUUUUCUACAGCGCACACUUUUCUGCUUGGCUUGUGGUUGCUAUGACAACAGAGCGGGUCAUUGCAAUAUGGUUUCCAUUCAAAGCAACGACAGUGUGUAGUAAGAAACGUGCUAGAAUUGUUACAUUAUGCCUUGCAUUUUUACUACUAGCAGUGAACUGUCAUGUCUUGAUAACUACAAAACUAGUCCCAGACUCAAACAGGCCAGGAAAAUCAGUGUGUACGAGUGAAAAAGAUGACUACUUUAUAUGUGAUAUAUUUCCAAAAAUCAAUCUGGCCGUGUAUUCUUUGAUUCCAUUUGUGCUACUUCUACUGUUUAAUUGUUCUAUAGUUGUAGCACUAAUGUGCCAUAGACGCUUCAUAGAGUCGCAACAUCAAAGUAUGAAAGGACACACAGGAAGUAUACACAGCGCCACCUAUUCGGCAAACAGUCAGAAGCUGACACUAAUGUUGCUGACAGUUUCUUUUGUUUGGAUCAUCACCACUAUUCCAUACACCGUCUACACACUGUUUCCAAAUCACACAGUAUCUGAUGCCAGAGAACAAGCUGUAAACUUCCUUAUCCGUGUCAUAUGUUACCUAACAAUGUAUGUUAACCAUGGCAUCAAUUUCUACAUUUAUAUACUGACGGGAAAGCGAUUUCGACGUGAACUGACGAGAAUCUUUUGUGGGCAUAAACAACGCCGUAGAAUGAGUAGUCCACAAGUGAAGAGAAAGGUGCAUAAGACAAACUCACCUCUUUUAGAGAAUUUGAUCAUAGAGAUAGGACAGAACAAGAAACCAACUACGGAUGAAACUCCAAUAAAAUAAUGAUCAAACUAAAACAUAUCUAAUAACAACUGUUUACUAUCUAAUUAUUCUUAGUUACCAAAAAGUGUAAAUAAAAUGAGGUAUGUGUACAUUUAAUUGUUUAUAUUUUCUGACAUUUAAAUUGUAAAAAUAUCAGUAAGCAUAAGAUACUUACUGGAAGUUAUGAAUAAUGAUUUAACAUAAACGUAUACUUAUAAUGAACCCU